AUCAGUAGGUACAUACAAGUACAUACAAUGAACUUAACACGAACUAUAUUUCCAUAUCGAGUUAAGGCAUGCACCCUUAAUUAGACCCCUGGAAACCUAUGAACGUCCCAUCUCAUGAUUGAUCCUUGAAACUGUGACUCUCAAACCAAAAACCUUUCGACGCUUCAUCGAACACAAUUCGAUACGUUCCGUAAUAUUAAAUGUUCGUUUUCUUUGGCUUUCACAGGUGGUUAGCAAUAUUCUACCAGUGACUCUCCUAUCAAUUAUACCACUUUUUAGGUAUAUCCCUUCCAACAUUUGCCUAGCCCCUGGCUCAAUAAUUAUUGCAAUCCUAUUCGAACCAUUCAACAAUGGCGCGGCACCUAUCUGUCGUUGUCAUCUUGGCCAUUGCCGCCUUCGUAGUUUUGUCUUUCAUGACGUCUUUCGGCAAUAGAACAGAGCAAAUACGACAUGUGCUACCCGCUGCGGCCGUACCGGAACAGCCACCGAUUAAGUCAGAAGCGACCCUAGCAGAUGCGAAAGCUGGUGCGAAGUCAGCCGUGAAACCAGAGGCGAAGCCUGAUGCGAAGCCAGAAGUGAAAACGGAUGCGGGUGCUGGUUUGUCACUACUAUCGGCCGACAUCCUUUCGGGUGGUGCAAUAGCUCCGAAGCUCGAGAACGCAACGAUCAAGGCGGAACUCGGUCGGUCGACGUGGAAAUUCUUCCACACGAUGAUGGCGCGGUUUCCCGAAGAGCCGACAGAGGAGGAUUCGCUAGCGCUCAAGACGUUCAUUCAGCUGUUCGCACGAUUAUAUCCGUGCGGCGAUUGCGCACGGCAUUUCCAAAAACUGCUUGCGCAAUUUCCACCGCAGGUCAGCUCACGGAAUGUGGCAGCGGGGUGGGCAUGCUUCGUGCAUAACCAGGUCAAUGAAAGACUUAAGAAGCCGGCCUUCGACUGUAAUAACCUUGGAGAUUUCUAUGACUGUGGCUGCGGAGAUGAAAAGAAGACGGCAGCAGAAACAGAAAGCAUAGGAGAGCUGAAGUUAGAGAAAGAAGGGUUGACCAAAGGUGGUUGAUUGCUGUACAAUUAUACAGCCCGGGACAUUGUCAUUUCGGCAUGGAAGCAUAGCGACUGGAGUUACUAGUUAGUCUUUUCAAUGUUCAUCGCCUCUCGAGUAGAAUUCAAGAGAGCAAUACAAUAUUAGGUACCUAGGUACUAGAUAAGUACAUGUGCUCCUCAGCGGUAAUACUGUGAUAUAUACCCAGAAUGCCUCGAAGCUCUAAACGUUACUGGAUAUGUGUAUGCACCUUAUAGUCGCGAUAUGCUAAUAUGCCAACCUUGGAAGCCUCCAAUUCACCUAUAGCAUAAUAGGAGAACUUUGAAUUCC